AUGACUCCGACGGAAUUCCCUGGUCUGCCAGCGCUCGCGCCGAUCCAAGAUGCCGACCAGCAGCUGUGUCAUCAAGCAGCUGAAAUGCUGGAUGUUUGGAAGACCCGGGAACUUGCGAAACCAGGGAGGAAGGGGACGCCUCCGAAACUCAGGCUUGUAGUUCUUUCCGACGGCUGCGACACGAGCUCUCACAAGAAAGCUCCUCAGGUCGCGCAUUUCUUACAGAAGAAGGGUGUGCUUGCGGAUGCUGUGAUGAUCGGCAACGAAAGCAACCCUGACCUUCACGCAAUCUGCAAAGCGAGCGGAGGCUACGUCUUUCGGCCACCCAGCCUCAAAGAUGCGGUGCGCUUGAACGAGUUGGAGACCUUCUUGUUCAGCCUGGAGCGGCCUUGCAUGGGCCCGCGGAACAUGCCUUUGGCUUCUCAGGCAUGCCUUGCAGCUUUUGGCCCGGCCCGGUAUCCACCGGACCCAUGCAGCGAGGACCAGGUUCCCCCUCGAAGGCGGCCCCCACAACUGGAUGCGUGCGUACAUGGCUUGCAAGACGCCCUGCAUCAGACGCAGGAGGGAGCCCUUGGAGCCCUGGGAGCCCUGGGAGCAGCCGCAGCUAAGGAAGGUGCCGAGAGAAGUCGAAGGAUCCUGGCCGAGAUGCGUCACCUGCAUAGGGAGCCGCACCCAGCUUUCGACAUCUUCCCCAACUGUGAUGACAUCGGGUGUUGGAAAGUGACAGUUUCUGGCCCAGAGGGGACACCGUACACUGGAGGAGUGUGGCUGCUCUACAUCAUAUUUCCAGCGGAGUUUCCUGUGGAGCCUCCAGAGAUUCGGUUCAUCACGCCUAUCAAGCACUGCAACAUUAACCAGCACGGGCGAGUGUGCCAUUCCAUCCUGGGCCGGAACUGGACACGCGAGACAAAGGUCAGGAACCUCCUGGAGAGCCUCUAUGGUCUGCUGUUGUCCCCGGACGUGGAUGAUCCACUAGACAGCUCCCUGGCUGAGCUCAGUACGCUGGCGCUGGCCUUCUACGAUGACAGUGGGCUUUACGAAUCGUCGAUUGUGGACCACGUGCAAAGGCACGCUCAGUGCAAGACCAGGGCUGACUGGCUGGCGCUGCUGUCUGCCCCAGAAGAGCAGCCAUCACCGGCGAAUCACCGGGACCCUCCAGGUCCUAAGGGCCCACCUGAUGAUGUGUGA